AUGGAGGAGGAGAGCGAAGGGAAGUUACCGUUCCUGGAUGUGCUGGUCAUCCGAGAGCCGAACGGACGCGUGACUCACACCGUCUACCGGAAACCGACGCACACAGACCGGUACCUACGAGCCGACUCUCAUCACCACCACUCACACCUAUCUUCGGUGCCUCGUACGCUGCUGAACCGAGCACUUGCUCUAUGCGACCACAAAUACGUUGAAGCGGAACUAAGGCAUCAAUCUGUAGGGAUACCGUCCUAUUACGCAGACUCCGUCGAGAUGCCAGCUCCAGUCGGCAUCGGGAGAGGGCACGCGGUGGACGCUCCCAUCCGCAGCGCCACUUGCAUCCCGAUCGUGGCGAACUCGUAUCGCAUCCAUACAGUGUGUUAA